AUGGCUGUGGCUCGUGCGGAGAGCAUCAUCAACGCUGAUUUGCGGGCGGCUCAGGUGAACCUGGAGGGUCUUGAACUUGAGUCGCUGGAGCCCGUCCUUCCGCUGCUGUCAAGAAUGCCACGGCUGAAGGCCCUACGAUUGGCGAGAAACAAACUCACGGGGCUGCCAAGUGAUCUUUCCGGCAUUCGUCAGCUUGAAUACCUGGACAUUUCUGCUAACCCUAUCACAGGGGUGAGCACCAUCAUGCGCGGACUUUACACACUUGUCAUCUUGAAGCACCUGUACGUCGACUUGCCGUAUGAGAGCGAAGAGGAUGAAAUUAUCGUUGCCCUGCACUCGCUGGAGAGGUUUAACGGUACCUCCCUGACUGAUGCCUUAGAGGACACAAAAAGUGCAGUGGAGGACGACAGGAGCGAGGACGGGGAUACCUCACCAGCACCCCGUAUAUACGAUGCGGCAGGCACAUCAGUGCCGGAUGACAUGCUGUUGCAUGAACACUACAAGCAGGAGGAGGAGCAGGAACAACAAGAAGAACAUUUUUCCAUGCAUUUUCAGCCAUGGCAAAUGGAGGACACCAAGAACAUAGAGGAUUUGUACGCAUUGGUUACGGACGCCACUGGGAACGUGUUUGCCCAGAAGGAGUUUAAUAUAUACGUUGCGAACGUCGUGCAGCACCUUGGUGUGCUGACGGCAAGUGAAACCGACGCCUCCAUCCGUGAGGGUGAGACACUUAAGGCGAAGCGGGUUCUCUACGAGUACUGCCUUGAUGAGUUAUGCCGGGCUGUGGGCGGGAAGGACGUUGCGCUGGGACGGGCCCUCACAGCCGUUGUUAAGGCAGAAACAAGUCUUUUGGAACGCUACGACAAUCUCUGGCGUUGUAUUGAAGAGGACAUGAAUGGGCGGAUUGGCGCCAUGAAGAAAGACAUGCAGGACGCCAUUCACGAAAUCGAGUCACUUAUGGGUCAGCUGAGCCAGGCAAACGACAGCAGUAACGACACCAGUGCGAUGGAACUGCAACGCCUUCGGGAAGAAGUGGGACAGCUACAGACAGAGAACGAGCGUUUGCACACAAAGCUUCGUCUUGUGAAUGCCCCAGAGUGUAGUCGGGAGGGAGUUCCCCUUGGGACUUUAAUACGCGACUCGGUCCCCGUGGAUCGCUCGCGGGUAUCGCCGUCAAAUUCACGGGCCCCGCAGCUUGGAAACAAGGUGCUAACGCUGAAGCAGCUCAAGCAGAUAAUUGAGGAUAUUUAUGCAUCAAAGAGCAAGUACGACAUUAAGUGCUCUGAAAGUCAUCUCCCGCGGGAGACAAUGGAACAACACAUGUACACAUACCUGAACCAGCGAUACGGUCUGAAACAUAUCAUCCUGGACUGGGCUACCGCCAUCAUUCAAGGGAUCAAAAAGUACAGUCUGGAGGACAACGACGUGGCUGUGUUUGGAAAAAUACUUCGCAAUGAAGUUGAUGAGGAAUUUCGUUUUGUGCAGCGACAAGUUCGGGAAACGGUGCAUGAGUUGCUUCGCGUCUACCUAAAGGGCAAACGGCCAUCUAAAAGCGAUGCUGAGAUUAACAAGAUAGUCCAGAAGAAAUCCAGCAGCACACUGUUGGAGGACGAGUGGGUCGACAUUGUGAGGUACAUGUACAACACAGAGGAUGCGGUGUCCAUCAUAAUGCGUGUGCGCGACUACCUGCGUCAACUGUCGCAGCCACGCCGCCGGAGUUCGGUUCAGAGGGGCCACCAAGUUGCAUCCGUCCACGACGUGCAGUUGCCAUACGCGGAACUCAUUCGCAUUCUCUUGGACUUUCAACUGGAGGGUCACGAGCGUUUUUUGGCUCGGUUUAAUGCCAUUUUCUGUCGUUACGACACAGACCGUAACGGCAUCAUCAAUGGCCGGGAGUUUGCCGCUGUCUUGAAGGAAGUUGAUGCCUCCAAAACCGACGAGGGUAUUGAUGCCAUGUUGGAGCUUAUCGAUCCCUUUGGAAAUCAACUCAUUACGUACUCGGAGUGUGUAACAUUUCUUAGUGCUGAAAUCGUCAGGAUGAUGAAGACGACUGCCUGA